AGCAUUUUUUUCUUUCCUCUUAAACUUUUUUUUAUCCAAAAAAUUCGAUGAUCUUUUACGUUUUGUUUGUUUUCUCUGUUUUUGUUUCCGCCACCUGCCGAGGAGAAGGUGCAACGGCGGCGUACAAACCCAACGAUGUCUUACUCAUCAACUGUGGUGCUACCUCUUAUACCAACGACACCGGCAACCGAACUUGGACGGUGGAGUUCUACUGGGACCAUUCUCCGUGGAAUUCAGAAAAAUUGUCGUUUGCUGCAAAGGCUUCAUACCAAGACGUUGCGGCUUCUCCUGUUCCGUUCAGGGAAGCUCGUAUUUUCCGAUCUAAUUUCACUUACAAAUUUCACGUUUCACCCGGCUGGAAAUUUCUACGGUUAUACUUUUACCCGACCCGGUACGGAUCCAAUUUCGACGCCAACGGUUCCUUCUUUUCCGUCAAAGUCAACGGUUUCACUCUCUUGAAGAACUUUAGCGCCUAUUUAACGGUAAAGACUUCCAAACCGGAAUCAAAAUAUCUGAUCAAAGAGUUUAUUGUUCCGGUUUUUGAAACUCUCAGCCUCACCUUCACGCCCUCUCCCAAUUCUUUAGCUUUUGUUAACGGUGUGGAGAUUCUCUCCAUGCCAGAUAGGUUUUACACAAAGGGAGGAGAUGAUGCCGAAAUAAGAAACGUGAGUUCCACCGUUAAUACUAUAGAUGAAGCGACAGCUUUAGAGACCCUUUACCGCUUGAAUGUGGGAGGACAUUUGGUUCCUCCCGUUAACGACACAGGAAUGUUCAGGCGGUGGCUUCCCGAUGAUGAAUUUUUUAUCAGUGAGAAUUCAGUAACCAAACAGGUAUUAUCGGAUGUGGAUAUAUACUACCCACCGGAAACUCCGGCGUACGUUGCGCCAGAAGAUGUGUACAAGACCUAUCGAGCAAUGGGGAACAAUCAGAACCCUCAACUCAACUUGACAUGGCUCUUCAAAGUUGAUGCGGGAUUUACCUACCUUGUUAGGCUUCAUUUCUGUAAUAGUCUACCAGAAGUAGACGGACAAGGCGGACGUAUCUUCUCCAUCUUCAUAGGGAAUCAGAUUGCAAAGCUUGAUUUGGAUUUAACUUUCCUUACAUAUGUUUCUCCCAGUCCGAUUUAUCUAGACUUCAGCAUAUAUGUGGGUUCUGAAAAUGGGCUAAGACCUGAUCUACGACUUGACUUGCAUCCUUCCAACGACGAAUUUGAUGAUGCUAUUCUGAAUGGUUUAGAGAUUCUCAAGUUGAAUAAUCCUGGCAGUAUCACUGGACCUAAUUCAGAUGUUGUAAUGUCGAAGGGAGCGUCAAAUGUUGCAAAUACAACUCGACGGAAGCGGAUUGUUACAAUAACACUCAUAGCUGCUGGUUCUGUACUUUUAGCGGUCUCUGUCAUUGUUUUCCUCAUCUUUCUGGUGCGUCAGAUAAAGAGGAGGAAGAAGAGUAGACAGAACAAUAGUGUCGCUAUGUUCAAAGUACUACUUAAACACUACACUUAUGCAGAAGUGAGGAAGAUUACAAAAUCGUUUUCAAACACCAUUGGAAAAGGAGGAUUUGGAACUGUUUAUGGUGGCAACCUUUGUAAUGGUCCGAAGGUUGCAGUCAAGGUCUUAAAAGAUUCAAUGGGGAAUGGAGAAGAUUUUAUCAACGAAGUUGCAAGCAUGAGCCAAACAUCUCACGUGAACAUUGUUUCUUUGCUUGGUUUUUGCUAUGAAGGGUCCAAAAGGGCGAUUGUAUAUGAGUUUCUAGAGAAUGGGUCUUUGGAUCAGUUUAUCUCUAGAGAGAAGCCAUUGACUCUGGAUGUGAAAACGCUCUAUGGAAUCUCCCUAGGUGUUGCUCGGGGAUUGGAGUACUUGCACUAUGGCUGCAAAACAAGAAUAGUCCAUUUCGACAUCAAACCUCAAAAUAUUCUGUUAGAUGGCAAUCUUUGUCCUAAAGUCUCAGACUUCGGUCUUGCUAAACUAUGUGAAACAAGAGAAAGCAUCGUGUCAUUGAUGGACACAAGAGGAACUAUAGGUUACAUUGCGCCUGAGGUAUUUUCAAGAAUGUACGGUGGAGUAUCCCAUAAGUCUGAUGUGUAUAGCUAUGGAAUGCUAGUCCUUGAAAUGUUCGGGGCAAGAAGCAAAAAAAUAGUUGAAACAACCACAGUUUCCAAUGCAAGUUCAGCAUACUUUCCGGAUUGGAUCUAUGAGGAUCUUGAAAAUGGGCAGCAGACGUGGAUACUUGGAGAUGAAAUAACUACAGAGGAAAAUGAGAUUGCAAGGAAGAUGAUUUUGGUGAGUCUAUGGUGUAUUCAACCAUGCCCAAUGGAUCGUCCACCCAUGAACAGAGUUGUUGAGAUGAUAGAAGGAAGUUUGGAUGCUCUUGAAAUCCCCCCUAAACCUUCUAUGCAUAUUUCCAGAGGGUUUGUUCCUGAUCAAUCUUCUUCACUUCCUUCAUUUUCUCAUGGCUAUGAAGCUGAAAAAAAAACUCGAACCUUUGAUUCUACCAAUAUUUAGUGCAGAGAUAUGUUUUUGAUGAUUCAGUAUAAAUGUACAUUUAAGUUGGCACGACAGACUACUUAUGUGCUAUUUUAAAUUUCCACUAAAGAAAGAAGCAGUUUCAUUAUCAAAACUCAAGAGUAAUAUGUAUUCGUGGAGGAAAAGAAACAACAACACCAAUUGAAAUUUCCGUUGCUAGACAAAUAACAUCCUUUUCAACAGAACACUAGAUUCCUAAAAGUUUGCUAUCGAAACCUUAACAUUCUUGCAGAAAAUAAGAAAACCAGGAAAGAGGUCGUUUAAUCCUUAAGAUGGACAGCAUGAGUCUGUUGUCAAGAAGAGGUUAUGGUAGUGGAAGCUACAGAAUCAUGAUUUUAUCAAGUUCCAAAAACCUCUUUUGUUGACUGGUAAUCUAUUUUACCAGAAUUUGUUUUCUCAAUUUCUGGAUUUCUCUACUUUAUGAACUUUUAAAUAAUUAGCUGAUUUUAAGAAAAUUAUCGAAAACCCAAAUAGUUAAUCAAUCAAAAAGGAUAUUAAAAUCAUAAUUAACAGCAUUAAUUAACUAUACGAAAUUUAAACAACAUUAGAAUUUUAGAAAUAAAUAUCACAGCCAAAUUUAAUAUUAAAAUAAUACAGCUACAAAUUCAUAAUAGGAACUGUAAUUAAAAUAUACAACAAAAAUAUAAAACAUAUAACCCAAUUAUAAUACUUCAGUUUCUUCAUAAAUAUUCAUACACGAGUAUUAGCGCGGAUGAAUAAUCUCGUAAUAAAAAAAUAUGGGAGUUAGUAUAUUAUUGUUUUUAGUUUGGUAUUUUUCUUAUUUUGUAUGAUUUAUAUCAUACAAAAUUCAGAAAAUAACUUAAGUAUAUAAUUAGUAUAUAAGAGAUUUACGUAUGAAUUAUAUGAAAACAAAAUUUUAUAUAUUUUAAAUACAGAAAUAAUAAAAACAGUAUUUUUAGUAAGGAAAAUUUAUAUUUACUUAUUAAAAAUGUACAUUAAAAUAACUAAUACAUUUUAAAAUUUAAUUGAUUGAUGAUAUAUAGUUGUUCCUAUCUUUUUGUGAGUAAUAUUGAAAGAUUGCUUUCUAUAUUUUAACAAAGAGAAAAAUAAGUAAAUUUAUAUAAAGAGGAAAUUUAUUUUUUAUUCAAAAAAACAUUGUUAUACAUGUAUUAGAAAGAAAUUUGCUCAUAAUAGAUUUGAACCCUCCACUUAUUUAUUAUUUUAAGAAACCUUUAUCGUUUAUACAUUCAAUGUGCAGUUUAUCUUUAAAAACUAAAUAAAUUAUGAUUGAAAUUUUUUAUGGUUGUAAAUUGAAACUAAAGACACUUGUUACAGCCAUUAGUCGUUCCCAAUGUAUGGCUAAAUUUUCCCAGAUUGUGAUGUGGUGAGGAAAGGCUCGGAUCUUAGUGUAUAAAAUAUAAACUAUAGACAUUUUAACAUUCAAAAUAUAUAGAUUAUCUGAAUGAUUGUUAGAAGAUAAGAGCAAAAAUUCAAGAGCACAAGCUAACCUAGACCUACCAAAUAUAGCAGACCUAGAUAAUUUUUAGGAAUUCUUCUGAAUUUCAAACAUUAUAAAAGAGAACAUAAAAAAUAAUCAAUGUUGAGUUCGUAAAUUUUAGAAACAUUAUUAUAUAUUUUUUGGCAUACCAUAUCAUCAGUAUUAUGAAUAUGUUAGUUCGAUUUAGUCUUUUAUGAAAUUUUGAAUUCAUUUAUUAAUAUCAAAAUUUGAUAUUAUGUAAAACUGAAUUUUUUUAGAAAUAAGUGAUUAAGAUAAAAUGAAAUAACAACACAAAUAUGGUAUCAUAUGUUACCAAAACAUUUGGCGCGAAAGUUAAAUUUUUGAUAGAUCAAUAUCUUAAUAAUAAAAACAAAAAACGUUAAACCUAUAUUUUUUAGUAUCAUGUUAAUAAGGAAAAUUUGGCGCAAAAAAUGAGUUUAGAAUUUCAUGUUAACUAUUUUAGUAGACGAAAAGAAAAAAUAUAUCAAAAGGAACUAAGAAAAAAAAUACCAUAA